UCUUCUCGCCUCUUCAGCUCCGGGGGUAGCCCAAGGCCGACAAGAGAGCAUCAGGGAUCCGAGCUCGAGGGUGGUUGGCUCUCGACCAGGCGUGGUGAGACGCCGCUUGCUUCCUACACUUCGUCCCCGGCCCUGGCCCUGUGGCAGGCGCUCGGUUCAAGAUGAAUCUCAACUUCACCUCCCCUCUACACCCGGCGUCAUCUCAGAGGCCCACGUCCUUCUUCAUCGAGGAUAUCCUGCUACACAAGCCUAAGCCGCUGAGGGAGGUGGCCCCUGACCAUUUCACCAGCACUCUGGCCUCCCGGGUGCCUCUGCUGGACUAUGGCUACCCACUCAUGCCCACACCCACCCUCCUGGCUCCUCACCCCCAUCACCCACUACAUAAGGGAGACCACCACCACCCUUAUUUCCUCACCACCUCGGGGGUGCCGGUCCCCGCGCUGUUCCCGCACCCCCAGCACCCGGAGCUGCCGGGGAAGCACUGCCGCCGCCGCAAAGCUCGCACGGUUUUCUCGGACUCGCAGCUCUCGGGCCUGGAGAAGAGAUUCGAGAUCCAGCGCUACCUGUCCACGCCGGAACGGGUGGAGCUGGCCACGGCCCUCAGCCUGUCGGAGACGCAGGUGAAAACGUGGUUCCAGAACCGGAGGAUGAAGCAUAAAAAGCAGCUGAGGAAAAGUCAAGACGAACCCAAAGCGACUGAUGGGCCGGAGAGCCCCGAGGGCAGCCCCCGCGGCCCCGAGGCCGCACCCGCCGAGGCUCGGCUGGGCCUGCCCGCCGGCUCCUUCGUGCUGACGGAGCCGGAGGACGAGGUGGACAUUGGGGACGAGGGGGAACUGGGCUCAGGGCCGCACGUGCUCUGAGCCGCCGGGCUGGGGAGGCGGGGAGGACGCCGCGGGGCUGGCCUGGGGGAUCGGCUCCGGGAAGACAAACGCUACACACCUGUUAACCCUCCAACCCGUGCGGGCCCGUGCGCCCGGCCUCCCACCCCCUUCCCCCGCCCACCCGCCCGCCGAGCCCGCGCCGCCAGGGCGAGAGUGCGCCUGCUUCGCCCGUCCGCGCGUCCCGCGCCUUCGGCAGCGCCCACGGGAGCUUGGGCUCUCGGCGCCCUAAUUCGGUGCGGGGACCUCUUCCCUGCCGCGACUGCAGACCCCUCGGCCCUCGCCCUCAGCCACCUGUCCCCGCUCGUUGUCCAGGCGCUGCGGCCUCUCCACCGGACCCCUUGCCCUUCCUUGGGCAGACCGAUGGGCUGCAGGUAAGGACCGGGUGUUCCGCUCACAUCCACUCCGGGGGAGACUCGCGCGCUGCUCGCCGCCACGCUCCCACUCUCCCCGACUCCCUCCUCUUCUCAGGGCGGCGCUUCCAUCCCCUCUCUCCAAGGUUCUCCUCAAGAGCUCUUGGUUCUGCACCCAGAAC